UUCAAAAUGGCGGCCCCUGAUAACCACCACCACGCGAUGGAGGAUGACCUGCCUAAAGCGGAGCGUCUCCUCACCAGCCUUACCGAACAGGUAGCUUCUGUCACAAGCCACAUCCAGGACUUAAUACAGAGAGUCCAAGAAAAAGCGUAUCAGACUUCCAAGGGUUUGUCUUUUCUAGACCUACGAUAUCACCUUCUGUUAUUUUAUCUCCAAGAUGUUACUCACUUGAUGUGCAUUAAGUCGCAUGGGCAAAGCUUGAAGGACAACAGCGCCAUCCACAGGCUCAUUACAAUAAGAACAGUUCUGGAGAAGAUGCGUCCCCUUGAUCAAAAACUGAAAUACCAGAUUGACAAGUUGGUGCGAACCGCAGUUACUGGAAACAUUGCUGAGAAUGAUCCUUUAAACUUUCGUCCCAAGCCUGAGAAUCUCGUCAGUAAGCUCAGUCAGUCGGAGGAUGACGAUAGCGGUGACGAUGGCGUUAAGGAUGGUUCUCAGAAAACAGUGACCCCUACUGGCAGGAAAUAUGUGCCACCCAAGAUUGCUCCCAUGCAUUAUGAUGGAGACAUGACUGAAGCAGACAAGCAGAAGGAGCAGGUGGAGAAGCAGAGGAGAGCUGCCCUGCGGAGCUCCCUCAUCCAGGAGCUCCGGCAGCAGUACAGCGACACACCAGACGAAAUCCGCGACCGUCAGGACUUCCAAACAGAGCGGGAAAUCCGGGAGGAACAGCACAGGAGAAACUAUGAAGAGUCAAUGAUGGUGCGUCUGAGUGUCCCUCGAGACCAAAAGGCCAGGAAACGCCGCCUGGGCGGGAUGACAUCACAGCUGAGUGGCAUCACACACUUCAGUGACAUCACGGUGCUGACCGGGGGGAGAGGCAGCGUGGCGUUGAAUAAUCCCAGGUCCAAGAAGAAGAAAAUGAUGAUGAAGAAGACGACUAAGAAGAGAGUGUUCAGGAAACGAAAAUAAGAUGUCUUUGUCCUGCCAACAAAAGUUCUAUUGGUCUACAUUUAAUAACUAGUUUUUCAAAUUUUGAAGACAUUAAAGUUUUCCUCUUUUGGGUGUGCAAUUGAUUAAAAUAUAUAAACAAAAAUGCCUCUACUCUCUUCUUAUCCAGUUUUAAUGGUUAGUACUGUCUAAAGUAACCAUAAACAGUUAAUUUCAUGGAGCAAUAUUUCAGUGUUUUAGGGUCAGUGGCAUAUAUUUAAUAGAAUAUUUCUCAAGGAAAAGGGUUAAGUAAUAGUUUCACGUAUGCAAAAAUCUUAAGGUUAUGGGCCAGAAUGGUAGUGAAUAGCUCAUAUUUUGUAUUCUGGGCACUAUAUAUUAAUCCAGCAAUAACAGGAGAUACAUUCUGAGAGUUGAUGUAUAUAUCCCAUUCCUGGAUUAACACUCUGUAUAGCUGCCCUAAAACCACAACCAUGCUCAAAAUUUAAUUCAAAUGUAAAUACUUCGUCUUACAUCUCAUUAAUAAAAGCCCACUCGUAAUAUUUAAGCAUAGAGAGAGAAGAAAAAAAAAACUUUUUACAAUGUCUUGUUUAUUUUUUU